AUGCCGAAUAAUCCACAGAUCAUCACCGACAUUGCCAAACUCAGCGCCAGCGGGGACUUGCCAACCCACGGCAAAGUCACUUGCGGUGGCAUCUUGCGAGGCGAAACAAAGAGCCCCUUUUCGCUCAAGGAGUUUCACGACUUUCUCAUUAAGGAGCAUUGCGACGAGAAUCUUGAGUUCUACCAGACGGUCCUCGAAUACCAGUCCAAAGCUAUAGAGCUCUAUCCCAACUCCAAGCUCAAUGAUCGCAUCCGGUCGUGGGGCUCUCUAAAUCAACUCAGUCUCUCGAUUUCUCGCGAGCGCCUCUCCUCGCUUGCCCAGUCUGCAGGCAACCUCGCCUCGUCGCCGACAUCGCCUGUAGCCCAGGAGGACAUCUCUGCCAGCGCCGAGGCCCUAAGCCCCAAGCGGGACAAGAUCUUUGGAACCUUGCGGGACCAUCUGGAGCGCAUCAUCAUCCGCUUCUUGGAGCCUGGCUCCGACCGCGAGAUCAACAUCCCGGCACCCAUGAGGAAGAAGCUCCUCUACGAGAUACAGGACAAGCAGAACUUCCACCCCGACAUAUUUAUCCCUGCCCUGGAGGAGACCUACAAAAUGAUGAAGACGUCCAGCUUUCCCACGUUCCUGAAGCGGCAGACAUCUGCCGCAAAGGCCGCCAAUGACAAGUAG